UUCAUCAAAACUUAAAAAAUGCAGAGGCUCCUUCGUUUGAAACUAGCCUCAAACCUCCCCAAAAAGCUCUCAAAUUCCACCACCACCACCACCUCUUCAAUCUUCCACUUUCAACCCCACAAAACGCUUUCUCUCACCAAGCCACCCCAAACCCGAAACUACUUUUUUAGCUCCUUUACCACACCCCCCCUUCACCAUCAUCUUCAUUCAUGGAGGUCGCAGCACACUCUCACACAAAAAAUUAAUGGGUUUCUCUUCAACCCAUUACUCAAACGGCAAUUUUGUAUGGGUUUCUCAAAUACCCUUUUGAGAGUCUCAAGCAAGAGUCUUUCAGAUUUCAGACUUGGCUUUCUCAGAGCCCAAUUUCCCAAACAGAGUUUUCGGUUCAACCCAAAUUUUACUUCUCCUCGGAGUCCCUGGAGAUCAUGGUUCCGAAGGGUAUCUGAUGGUGAUGUGGUUUUGGGAUUGAUUAUAGCUAAUGUUGCUGUUUUUAUUUUAUGGAGGAUUGCAGAUCCUAGCUUCAUGGCGAAGAAUUUUACUAUUUCAUUAGACAAUGUUACAAGUGGACGUCUGCACACAUUGAUAACUUCUGCAUUCAGUCAUAUGGAUGUUGGCCAUAUCAUUUCUAACAUGAUUGGACUAUAUUUUUUUGGGACGAAUAUUGGAAGAGUUUUUGGGCCUGAAUUUUUGCUGAAGUUGUAUCUAGCUGGGGCUGUUGGUGGCUCGGUCUGUUUCUUGGUGCACAAAGCCUACAUGGCCGCGUCAUCGAAGGGCCGGCAACCAUGGAACAUGGACCCAUCAAAAAUACCGGGACUGGGUGCAAGCGGGGCUGUUAAUGCUAUCAUGUUGCUUGAUAUAUUCCUCUUCCCAAAAUCUACCCUCUACUUGGAGUUUAUCAUACCAGUUCCCGCCAUCCUGCUGGGGAUCUUUCUAAUUGGGAAAGAUGUCUUGGGGAUAAUAGAGGGAGACAGUCAUAUCUCAGGAGCUGCACACUUGGGGGGUGCUGCAGUUGCAGCCAUAGCCUGGGCACGACUUCGGAAGGGGCGUUUCUGAAUUUCGCAACGACUCUGCAGAUUAUAUAACACUAGGAAACUAAGAUAGUCCACCAUGUUAACUAUUAGCCAAUGCCUUCCAGCUGGUUGUUCUCCUGAUUUAAUUUAGCUUAUCAUCCAUUGAUAUAGACUUGACAACCUUUCUGAACUUUCCUAAUCCCCAUCUCAAUGAUAAAUUCUGAUGAUUCGAACAAGUUAAACGAUCUUUGUUGAGGAAGAGUAGUAUCAUGUUACACAAA